GACCAGAAAAACUUCAAGUAGUAUGAUUUUUGACACUUGACUUGGAAUACAUUAUAGGACUUUAUAUUCGUUUUAUUUCAUUUCUAAUGUAGAUGUCUUAUGUUCAAUUUCAUGAAAGGUUUAAAAUGCCUUUUAGAAUUUUUGUCGGAAAAUUCCAAUUUUUGCCCCUCCUACAAAUGUUCCUAUCUACAUCACUGUUUAGAGUACUCUUUUGAAUGAAAUUCGAUUUUGGAGAGAUUUGCAAUUCCUUUAGGCUUUAGUUAUUUACCAUCAGCUGGUUAAAUCAAGAAUAAAGAUUUUUGGGAAUGAUUCGUUUAUCCUCGUGUUUUUUCCUCUCUAUUUUAUCUAAAUUAGCCUGAAUUUCAAUGUUAUCAUUUUCAUAAAUUCUUUCAAAGUACGGUUUUCCUUCUCCCGCGAAAGACCCUUCCUCUAUCCAAGGUUGGUCAUAUUUUUAAAAGUUUAUCCAUGGUUAUUUUGCUACAGCUAUCAUUGACAGCUAUGUAAAAGGUUAUAUGUAGUUCCCUUUACAAAUGAUGGGCCAUUUCCGGGAAAGAUCGCCUGUUGUUUAGUAGUUCCUAUGGAAAUGUUUACCUCCUGUUCAUACAGACCUGUUCUCUUUUGUUGAACUUUGAUAAAUUAUUGACGACUAUGGCCUAGCACAGAGGCGGAAAAUCAUAGCUUGCACGAGUGUUUUGCCUGGGAUAAUUAUCCACUAAAUAUUGAAGGUAAAGUUAGUUUGUUUAGAUUGUCACCACAGUAAGACUUCAAUGCACUUUCUGGUUUUUGCGUGAAAGAAUCUUGAGCGUGUCCACUACACUUGAAUUGAAGGUGAGAUGACAACAUUGGCCUGAUCAAGGCAAGCGAAAGUUCAGCAGAUUAUCAAAACCGAACAGUAGCUAAGCAUAAUUAUUUGAAGACGAUAAUGAAAGGAAAGAACAAACUACUUAUUUUCUGAAAGAAAUAGAGCCAAAGUCAAGUUGUAACACCAAGAGGAAGGAGACCGGACUUUUGUCUGCCACUUCGAUCAAAUGGUGCAUUGAUCUUUCCUCUUCUGAUUGCAGUAUAUUGAUCAGAUUAAGUUCACGGAGGGUGAGAUGAUUGUACAAACUUAUUGGGUAGAUCUUUGAAUGCAGCACUUAACAAAUCGACGUCUUCGGCUUGAAAUCAGCAUCGAAUCGUUAUCGUCUGGUAGAUUGUCACUUCACUUUGUAAACAAAUGCAACAUUGGAUGUACUGGCUAUUUAAAAAUGUUAUCAAGAAACGGCUAGGUGUUCAUAUAAGUUGCUGGUAUUCAUAUUCAAAUAUCAAGAUUUUGUAGGCCUUCAACGAGUAAACGACGUAACUAUUCGACAAUUGUAAGAGUGGAUCUCCUUCAUUUGUUUGGCAUUGACAACCACCUUUUCCGUUGUCUAAGGGUGAUAUCAUGAUAGCUUUUGUCAUGUCCUGAUGAGGAACCAAAACGUGACAUGGUUCUUUCUAAUCAAACAUGCACUGCUCAAUCAUUGUCAACAAAUUCAUUGAAACAGAUUAUAGAAAUGAUAACACUAAGCAUUGUUGGUUUCUCAGCGCUCAUUGGUAAUUGCCUUGUCAUUGCUGUCAUUAGCAGAAGUCACAGAGUACAAUGGGUGACAAAUCUAUUUGUGGCCCAUCUAGCCAUAGUGAACUUAAGCAUUCCAUUCUUUGCAGUACCAUUUUACUUUCACUGGAUUUUUAAAGGAGCUUGGGCACUUGGCAGUCUGUCAUGCAAACUGGUACAUUUUGCUCACUACUUGAAUGCAGGUAUCUCAGUAUGCAUGCUUACAUGUAUGGCACUGGAUCGAUAUUAUGUCGUUGUUCACCCACUUACUCUUCAUCUGAGAAGAUCCCAAACUUUUCAGCUCAUUACGUUCAUCUGGGUCUUUAUCAUAUUUAUAAGUACACCAGCUUUGUAUUUUUAUGAACUGAAGACAACAUCUUGUGGAAGAGUAUGCAGUGUAGAGAACAGCUUAGGAUCAUGGGGUGGGUUCUUUAUUGUUUUUAGUCUUUGUGGAUUUUUCUCCCCGCUCUUCAUCUUGAUCUUUCUAUAUAUUCUUGUGGUCAAAGCAAUCUAUGAAAGAGAUGUAUUUGCAAAGAAGCAAGACAAAGGACAGAGUUAUGCUGCUGCUGCUUCCCAACGAAUCCACACAGAGGGGCCAAAGUGCCAGCAAAAGUCUCUUGGUAGGGUUCCAAAAACUAAGCGAACAGUUAUCAAAAUGUUGAUGAUUCAGAAUGCUAUUUUCAUAGUCUGUUGGAUACCAUAUUUCGUUGCAGAAUUUAGCAAGCUUUGGAGGCCUUCAGAUUAUGAUGUAAAUACUGCAUAUCUCUGGCUUAGCUUCUCAAACUCUACCAUAAACCCUGUGCUGUAUGCCAUAUUUAACAGUAACUUCAGAAAAGGGUGUAGACAUUUAGUUAAUCUGAAUCUAUCACAGCCAUAUGCCUUACAAGCACUUCAGCGGCGACAUCAAGUAGGGGUCACAGAGAGUAGUCACAGAGGCAGUGAGGAUGAAGGUGCCAUAAAAGAUUAUGUUGUUUUAAAGCAGUCAAGACAUACAGUUUUGUUUCAUAAAGAACAAAAUGCUGCACCACAACAAUCAGAGGGUGUCACAACUGCAGAUCUGAACAGUAAACAACUUGUUAAGAUUUUUCAGGCCUCAUCUGCUGGUUGUGUAGAUGCUUGGGCCUAAGAUUAUAUAUGAUUUGCAUUUCAGAAAUCUAUCAACAUUUUUGAAUAUCUUAAACUUAAUCUAUUCAAAUCAUCAUACUGAUUUACAAUUCAGAAAAUUCUGUGUACCCUUUUGUUUUCUUAAAGUAAAAUAAUUAAAGUUUGA